AUGGCUAACUCAGAGAGCGACGAUGACAGCUUCAUGGCUGUGGAUUCCGAGGACGCCGCCGCGGCCGAAGGGACCAUGGAUCAGGAGGAUGGAGUGUGUGCUGCUCCUCCAGAGGAGGACGAGGGAGGGGCUCGGCCUCACCGGUCCAUGCAGGAGUUGCCAGAGGAAGUGCUGGAGUACAUAUUGUCCUUCCUCUCCCCGUAUCAGGAGCACAAAACGGCCGCCCUGGUUUGCAAGCAGUGGUAUCGGCUCAUCAAAGGUGUGGCCCACCAGUGUUACCACGGCUUUAUCAAGUCGGUCCAGGAAGGGAACAUUCAGUGGGAGAGCCGCACCUAUCCCUACCCUGGGACCCCCAUCACCCAGCGCUUUUCGCACAGCGCUUGCUACUACGAUGCCAAUCAGUCCAUGUACGUCUUCGGGGGCUGCACCCAGAGCAGUUGCAACGCCGCUUUUAACGACCUCUGGCGACUCGACCUGAAUAGCAAGGAAUGGAUCCGGCCCCUGGCAUCAGGUUCCUACCCGUCGCCGAAAGCCGGAGCGACCCUCGUGGUGUAUAAGGACCUGCUGGUGCUGUUUGGUGGCUGGACGCGGCCCAGCCCUUACCCCCUGCAUCAGCCGGAAAGAUUCUUUGACGAAAUACACACCUACUCGCCUUCCAAAAAUUGGUGGAACUGCGUGGUGACCACCCACGGCCCUCCUCCCAUGGCUGGCCACUCCUCCUGCGUGAUCCAGGACCGGAUGAUCGUCUUUGGGGGCUCCCUGGGGUCCCGGCAGAUGAGCAGCGAUGUCUGGGUCCUUGAUCUGGAGCACUGGACCUGGUCCAAGCCGAGCCUCUCCGGGCCUGGGCCUCACCCGCGAGGAGGCCAGUCCCAGAUUAUCAUAGACGAAGAAACCAUUCUGAUUCUUGGGGGCUGCGGGGGUCCAAAUGCGCUUUUCAAGGACGCCUGGCUGCUGCAUAUGCGAUCCGAUCGUCCCUGGACGUGGCAGCCACUGAAGGUGGAGAACGAGGACCACGGAGCCCCUGAGCUGUGGUGCCACCCGGCCUGCAAGGUGGGGCAGUGCGUGGUCGUCUUCAGCCAAGCCCCCAGCGGGAGGGCACCGCUCAGCCCGAGCUUGAACUCUCGUCCUUCUCCCAUCAGCGCCACGCCGCCCGCCCUGCUUCCCGAGACACGAGAAUGCCGCUCUCAGUCUCCCGUUCAGACUGCAGACGAGGCUCCCUGCGUGAACGGCCGCUGGGGCACCCUGAGACCCCGGGGGCAGAGGCAGACGCCCUGCGGGUCCCGGGAAGGAAGCCUGUCACCGGCCAGAGAGGACAGUUCACCGGUGCUGAAUGGCGGCGAGGCCUUGUCCCCCGGCACCGCAGCCGCCGUGGGCGGGGCCUCUCCAGACAGCCCUCUUCUCCAGCUGCUCUCGCCCAGCACGGCUUCCGUGGCAGAAGGCUACAAUCUGAAGGCGGGCCUUUCUUUGGCAUCCAGGCGGGGCUCCCUCCCCGAUCAAAAGGACCUGCAACUGGCAGCCGUAGACUUGAGCUGGGAGGCCAAAGCCCCUUCUCUGGUUUGCCAGCCGGAUGGUGCAGAAAGCAGGACGGUUGGCACGCUAGGCCUCAGGAAUCCCCCGGAUCAGACCAACGGCAUUCACACCCCGCCUCAGGUGUCCAGCUCCUUGAUGGGAGGGAUCUCUCCUAGUGCGCUGCGGCGGAGCCUGGAGGUGGUUCAAGCCCUCUCUUCGAAGGCCCUGCCCACUUUGGCGGUCAGAAGCCCGCCCAGGGUGUCCUCGCCGGGAUCCCCAGGCAGCCAGAGCAGUGCCAACCCUGCCGAAGCAGCUGUUCCCGCCACCCCUCGACCCAGCUCUGCCCAAGGAGACGGGCACGCCUUACCACCCAUUGCUCGCCGCUUGGGCCAUCAUCCGCCUCAGUCACUGAACGUAGGCAAGCCCCUCUACCAGAGCGUGAACUGCAAGCCCAUGCAGAUGUACGUGCUGGACAUCAAGGAGGUGAAGGGGCGUGGACGAGUCCAGUGGAAGGUGUUCCACGGCAGCUCCGUGGUGGGACCCCCCGAGACCAGCCUGCACACGGUGGUCCAAGGGCGGGGGGAAGUCAUCAUCUUUGGCGGCUUGAUGGACAAGAAGCAGAAUGUCAAGUACUAUCCCAAAACUAACGCCUUGUACUUUGUGCGGGCCAAGAGAUAAUGCGGCCGCGGGCCUCCCCCCUCUUCCGCUGCCCUGGCUUGGGGGCUCCCCUCAACCAGUCAGCCCUGCCCCGGGCACGCUGUCAAGCAGGCUGCGAAUGUGGCAUUCCACCCACUAAUAAAGAGAUCUAAGCAAAUGGCA